AUGACCAUUGAAGAGAUAAUAGAUUCAUUUAAAAUAAUUGUUAACCAAAUCGCCGAGGAAUGGGAUACUAUAAUGAAACUCCCAACCUUUCUAGAUUGCGAUAUAAUUGAAAGAUUAGAAGAAAAAUUAGAUGUUGUUCAAAGGCAAAAUUAUUCUAUUAUUAUUGAUUUAAAUAAUAUUAAAAGAGAAUUACAAUUAGACAAAAGAGAAGAAAAUAUUAUAUUUUGUAGUCAAGAUAAUAAUGACAAAAAUGAAACAACCAAAAUAAUUUCAAGUUCUGGGCUUUUUUUAGAAAGUUCUCCAAUAUCACCAAACUCAAUUGCAGCAGUUAGUCAAUAUCUUCAAAUUGAUGAAGAUGAAGUAGAGAAUGUCAUGUCUCAAGUUCCUUCAAGUCACGACAUUCCGCAACCUGAAUGUUUUGAAGGAAAACAUGAAGAAAACAUAUACCACAUUCGGAGUGAGCCUCCAUGUGAAGAAGGAAUUUUACAGGACACAAUACCAAUUUCGGAAAAUAAUAAGAUAGACCAAGCCUGUGGGUCUAUAUCGGUAAAACGAUUUGAUCUAAAUAUGAUUGAAGCUCCAAAGACAAUAAAGCAACUGUAUGAUGAUUUUGACAAAAAUUUAAGAUUUCAAAUUAAAGAUUUUGAAAAUCAAUUUGGAAAGGGUCAAUUGAGUAAAUUGAACAAAAUAAGAACUUAUCAAAGGAGGAGAGCACUGAUUAAUGAGAUCGAAAAAUUUAGUACUAUGUUUUCUAUUGAUAUUAGGAUAGCUAUUGAAAUAUUUGAAAAAUACAGAACCGUAAGAGGUCGGACAGUUCCCUUCUUAUACAAUAAUUUAACAUCGGUAGUUAUGGAAAUUAAAACUGAAUAUGAAUCAAGUUAUUAUUAA